CGCCAGCCUGGCGUGGGGCCGCCGGGGUUAACGGUGAAGGUUGGUUAACCGGUAAGCCUAAUGCUUACUGGUUAACCUUUUAUAUACCCAAGCCAUGCACACAGUCUCUUCAUCUCAGCAUCGCUCCACGCCUCUCUAUUCCUCGCCACCUCCCCUCCCCUUCCCUUUCCAUUGAGACGAUCCCCGUCUAACUGACCCCUCCUCUGCAAAAAAAAACAAACCCAGCAACCCAGCAUGGCACUAGCGUUCAAUUUGCCGCCACCACGUUGUUUGCUCCGCUUGUGUGUUGUACCCCUUCUGCACACUGUGUCUGUCUGGUCUUUUUAGACAGGAAGGUCUAUGGGGUAGUGAGUAGCUUUUGGUUCUGUGGUUGGACAGCACCUAACACGGGGGUCGGGGGGGCGGUCCAUGUCUGGAGUUCCCAGGUGCUAUGAUAAUAAUAAUAAAUAACAGGUGGAUUUAUUUCAGAGCAUUUGAAGCUAAACCUCUUGGCCUUUGUUUUGAGCAGGGGCUGUGGAGAUGGGGAGAACCACUUUUGCCAUUUUAAAAAUGUUGUCAGAGUUUGAUCAAUUCCAGCACCUUUGGGGCUGGAAAUUUUACAUUUGACAGAGAGAAUUCCUAGGUCAGGCGCUUUCCUCUUCGUCGUCUGGUGAAAAUCUGUUUGGACGCAGAUUUGUUAUGAGAGUUGAGUGAAUGUCUCUUGUGCGGGAACACGGAUUAUUUCCCCCUUUGAUAAGGUUUGUUUCCUCGCGGAGGAGCUGAGCCCGGUAAUGCGCACACAUUUGUUUGGGACUGUGUGAACGGUCCCAUUAACGUUUAAUUUAAUGAGAGAGUUUGAAAAUAUCACAGUCCUGGUGUGGGAGCGGCGUUGUGCUGGAAUAAAAAGACAAAGGCCGGGAUAUUUAAAUUCGGGAGCCUAAAUUUAGGCUCCUGAAUCCAUAUUCAGGCACCUGGGUAAGUGGCCUAUUAUCAAAAGUUCUGGGCACUCAGAACUGAAAUCCAGCGAUGCCCGCUCGGGACUUGUAAAAACCAGGAUUCUUAUUCAGGAUAUGACUCGAGGAGGCGAACUUUAGGAUGGUAUUUUUAAAAAUCACGUCUUGCGCGUUACGUCCGAGUCUUGAGGUUCCGCCUGGAGGGAGCACGCAAAGGGGAAAUCGGUGCAAAAUGCACUAGAGCUGCUGCUGAAAUGUCCCCAUUUGCGCUUCUCGCCUGACAGGCUGCAGGAGAACGUCCGUGUUUCGCUCCAGGUUGUUCCGUCCUCCCAGAGGGCAGGAAAAGGGAAUGGCUGCAGCAAAGGCAGUGACCUUCGAGGAGGUGGCUGUGUAUUUCACCGCGGAAGAGUGGGCUCUGCUGGACCCCGCUCAGAGAGCCCUCUACAGGGACGUCAUGCGGGAGAAUUAUGAGAAUGUGACCUGGCUGGGAUUCCCCAUCCCUAAACCUGACCUGAUCUCCCACAUGGAGCGAGGGGAACAGCUGUGGGUGCACCAAGCAGCAGGUGAUGGGACGGCCAGUGAGAACGAGGAGGAGAAUCCCCAGCAGAGAGGCCCUGAGUUGGCAGAACCACACGGGACGUUCUCAGGAAGGUCCCAGGGGAACGUUUGCCAGGGAGAAGCUAGCGAGCGUCAGGGCAGGUCGGAGGAGCAGCGGGGAAACCUGCCCGGGGAGAGAGAGGGUAAAUCCGCCCCUGAAGAGGGAUGUUUCAGGAAACUCAAACAGCUCCUGGACCUUAAGGGGAAGCAGAACAGAGGGACGGGAAAAGCAGGCGCUGAAUAUGGGCAGGGCUCACGGGAGAUGCUCUGUGCGGGAACCCCCCGAGAAGACGCAUGCCACAGAUGUGGGGGAAGCCUCCAGCAGAGCUCGGUGCCUCCAGAACAUCCGAGCAGGACCGCCCAUCGAUGUCUCCACUGUGGGAAAAGCUUCCGCUGGAGAUCACAUCUUCUGAGACAUCAGACGGUGCACAAGGGUGGGAAAAGCUCCAGCCCCAGCGCAGCCCGCGUCAUCCAGCAGAGAAUCCUCUCGGGGCAGAAACCCUGCCAGUGCCCCAACUGCGGGAGAUGCUUUGAUCGGAGGUCGACCCUCAUGGCACAUCAGAGGCUCCACACAGGAGAGAGACCCUACAAAUGCCCCGAAUGCGGGAAAGGCUUCAUGCAGCAGUCACAUCUGACGCGGCACCGGGGGAUCCACGCUGGGGUCAAGCCCUGUGUCUGUGCUGACUGCGGGAAGAGCUUCGUCAAGACCUGGAACCUGACCAAACACCAGCGCUGCCACUCGGGGCAGAGACCCCGUCAAAGUGUUGAGGGUAGGGAAAGCGUCCGUCUGCGCUCACACCUGUCUCACCAGGAGGGAGCUGACGGCACGGCCCUGCUAGAGCACGUCACAGCAGAGAGACCCUACCGCUGCCUCGACUGCGGCAGGAUGUUUAGCCGGAGCACGGACCUGCUGGUCCACCAGAGUAACCACAUGGGUGAGCAACCCUACAAGUGUCCGGACUGCGGGAAGGGCUUCAGCCGGCACUCCAGCCUCACGGCUCACCGGAGAGUCCACACGGGCGAGCGUCCCUACCCGUGUCCCGACUGUGGGAAGGGCUUCAGACGGCGCUCCAGCCUCACGGCUCACCGGAGAGUCCACACGGGCGAGCGUCCCUACCCGUGUCCCGACUGCGGGAAGGGCUUCACAACCAAAACGGCCCUGAGCACUCACCACCGGAGCCACACGGGCGAGAGACCCUACAAAUGCGCCGAGUGUGGGAAGAGCUUCAGCCAGAAGGUGCAUCUGGUGCAGCAUGAGAGGACCCACCUGCAAGGCAGACCCUACAAAUGCGCUGAGUGUGGGAAAAGCUUCAGCCAGAAUGCCUACCUGGCCAAGCACAGCCGGAUCCACUGCGGGGAACGGCCCUGCGUCUGUAUGUACUGCGGGAAGGACUUCGGCGACGCCUCCGCCCUGCUCCAACACCAGCGCACGCACACGGGGGAGAGGCCCUACCAGUGCACCGAGUGCGGGAAAAGCUUCAGACGGCGGGCGCACCUGAUUCAGCACCAGAGGACGCACUCUGGGGAAAAGCCCUAUGUCUGUGCUGACUGCGGGAGACGAUUCACGGAGAGCUCCACCUUGAUCAAGCACCGGCGGAUCCACACCGGGGAGAGACCCUACAAAUGCGAGGCGUGUGGGAAAAGCUUCCGCCAGCACUCCAAUCUGGCCCAGCAUGCCUGGAUCCACUCAGGAGUGAGACCCAGCCUAGACCACGGGGGCAGCCUUAUGGAUGGCAUGGCCCCGCCGGAGUGCCACGCAGCAGAGAGACCCUACCGCUGCCUUGACUGUGGAAGGACUUUCAGCCGGAGCACGGACCUGCUGGCCCACCAGAGUAACCAAACGGGUGAGCAGCCUUACAAGUGCCCGGUCUGCGGGAAGGGCUUCUGUGUACGCUUCAACCUGAUGGUGCACCGGAGAGUCCACACGGGCGAGCGACCCUACACAUGCCCCGACUGCGGGAAGGGCUUCAGCCAGAACUCCAGCCUCAUGGCUCACCAGAGAGUCCACACGGGCGAGCGACCCUACCCGUGUCCUGACUGCGGGAAGCGCUUCAGCCGGAGCUCCCACCUCAAAUCGCACCGGAGAGUCCACACGGGCGAGCGACCCUACCCGUGUCCCGACUGUGGGAAAGGCUUCACGCAGUUGGCUCACCUGACCCAGCAUCGGGGGACACACUCGGGAGAGGAACCCUAUCGCUGCGUCGACUGUGGGAAGGGCUUUGGGGUCAGCUCCCGCCUGGUGGCGCAUCAGAGGAGCCACACGGGGGAGCGCCCCUACAAAUGUCCCGAAUGCGGGAAGAGCUUCCGGGUCAGCUCAGUCCUGGUGGUGCAUCAGCGGAUCCACUCCGGCGAGAGACCCUAUAAAUGCACCGAUUGCGGGAAGAGCUUUAAUGUCAGCUCCAACCUCAUUAAACAUCGGAGGAUCCACACGGGGCAGAAGCCCUACAAAUGCACCGAGUGUGAGAGGAGCUUCAAUGAGAGCUCAGCCCUGAUUGCCCACCAGCGGCUGCACAAAGGGGAGCGACCCUACAAAUGCCCUGACUGCGGGAAGAGCUUCAACGUCAGCUCCAACCUCCUGGAGCAUCAAGGCACCCACAGGGGCCAGAAACCCUACAAAUGCCCCGAGUGUGGGAAAGGAUUCGCCCGCAGCGCCCACCUCUCACAGCACAGCCGGACUCACACGGGUGAGCGACCCUACAAAUGCACCGAGUGUGGGAAAGGAUUUGCUGUGAGGUCCCAUCUGGCCCAGCACUGCCGGGUCCACACUGGGGAGAGACCCUACAAGUGUGCUGACUGCGGGAAGGGCUUCACGGCCCGUUCGUCCCUGACCACCCAUUGCCGGACUCAUACAGGAGAGCGACCCUAUAAAUGCCCCGAGUGUGGGAAAAGCUUCAAUCAGAACUCACACCUGGCUCAGCACUGGAGAACCCACUCGGGAGAACGACCCUAUCACUGCCCUGACUGCGGGAGAAGCUUUGGGGACAGCUCUGCCCUCAUUAAGCAUCAGAGAAUUCACCUGCAAAAGAAACCUUGUUAAUGCCACCCCGCAGUUACUGGAAGAGCUUUGCUUGGAACUCAGCGCUUAUUACUAGAAGGGGGCAGGUAAGGGCUUUUUCAGGCAGGUGGGAAUUCAAAAAGAAAGAAAAAAAAAUCAUGUUGAGUUGAUCCCAAGAAGUGUUCCAACAUUUGUGGGGGGGGAUGGAAAAGUUGAAAAUAAAAGUAAUUUCAAGUUGAACUCUUGUGCUACAUGAAACAUUUCAUUAGGAUUUUGAGU